AUGGUUUACAAUGCAGAGCAGGGAAAGCUGCCCGAAUACACGCGCGCUUUUGCGCGAAAAGCAAAGUCACUCCUUUAUAAAUGUCCUGUUGUUUUCUUUGGCGCAGUUCUUUAUCUUAUGUAUGUGAUGACAGUUGGUGAGAAGAUGUUCUCGUGCACUGGGUCCUUCCCGGGCGCUGAGGUGCACACUGCCAGCGCUAUUUUAUUUGUGGCAGCUUCCUGCGUUUCCCAAGUUUUAUUCUUUGCUCUCUCUUCAUACACGUCGGGGGUUAUAUCCUCGCCGAUCUCUGAGUCGUUCAGGUACGUGCAGAGCAUGCACGAGUCUCUUGCCGCUGGUCUGCCGGUAGAAAGGGUCUUCACAAACCUUUUUGUGUGUCUUGCUCUCUCUGCGCUUCUUACAAGCGCUGGGUUCUUUCUGAUGUACAUUCUUCGCGCUGAGCGCAUGAUCAACAGGAUACCCUCUGGGCUGUCCAUGGCGCUCUUCAUUUCCAUAGGGUUUCUGUGUGUGUCGUAUGCAAACGAGCGGGUGUGUGCUGUCUCCAGCGCAGCAGGAGUGUACUGGCAGGCUGUUUUGGCGUUCAAUGCAGUUGGCGUUGCUGUCACUCUCCUGUGCAAGGUGUGCAAGAAAAGGUGCCCUGCUGUGGCACGGUACAGUGUGCUUUGGGCUGGUGUUUUGCUCACCGCUGUGUUCUAUGUAUGGGCACUCAUAAAGGGGGAGACAACAGCCUCUCUCCUUAAAAAGGGAUGGCUGGCAAGUGACCCGCGCAAGGAGGUGGUUCUGGCUGUGCCGCGCAUGGCUCUCCCCCACAUAGACCUUCGCGCAGUGCUUUGGGAGAUUCCGUCAAUUGGGAAGAUUGCUGCAAUGAACCUCAUGCAGUUUCCAAUAAACUUUCCCCCAGCAAAGGCGCAGACCGGCAAAAGUGCG